GCCCAGUAGACAUCUAGGUAAUACAUUGACCAAACAAGAAAUGGCUGUACACAUAGUUGCAUCUGGAUCAGCAGGACUGCAGUUAGCCAUUGGCCUGAAGCUCAUCCCAUAUGUGAAAGCAAGAAUUGAAGAGUGGGAGAGUAAGAGCAAGAAUAUCAAUAUUCUGGUCACAGGAAAGACUGGGGUUGGAAAAUCAACUUUGGUCAACGGUAUUGUCGGCAGAGAAGUAGCCAAGCAAGGAGACUCAUUGGAUCCCGAAACAUGUGAAGUUACUGCACACACAACAAGAGAAGGUGAUAUUACCGUCAAUGUGUUUGAUUCGCCUGGUUUGCAAGAUGGCACGAAGAAUGAAGCUAAGUAUUUGGCUGAUAUGAAGCAAAAGUGUGCCGAUGCUGAUUUGGUUGUGUACUGCAUGCGAAUGUCUGAAACUCGAGUUCCAGAAGGUGGUCCUGAUAUGAAAGCCAUUAAAUUGCUAAAUGAAACAUUCGGACAUGAUAUGUGGAAGAACACAGUGUUUCUACUGACAUUUGCUAACGAUGUUGUUGAACUUGCUAAGUUGAAGGCAUAUGACGACCCAGAAAAACAACAGAAGUACUUCGAUAAACAGCUUCAAAGUUGGGAGGCACUGAUUCGUGAGCGGCUGCGCACUACUGUUGAGGUUCCUAACGAUAUAGUUAAAAAAAAUGAUUAUAAUCCCAGCUGGCCACAAAAAUAAACCAUUGCUCCCUGAUUCGGCUUCUGUUGCAGGUGAAAGCCACUGGCUGAGUAGAGUUUGGCUGAAGGCAUUAGGAGUGACUAAACCACAAGCACAACUUGCACUGAUCAAGCUCAAUUUGCAUCGCAUUCAGAUGAACGAAAGUGAGUAUGAGCAUGAUGGGGAUAUUUUCGGUCAACUAAUUAGCAAGCACAAGCUGGUUUUUUCAGAGAAGGGUGCUGAUAUCGGUAAAUCGUUGGGCAUACCAGCAGGUGAGAUAGUGGGAGAGUUGGCAGGCUUUCUCACUGGUCGUGAGUCGUUCCUUGAUUCUCUCGUGCUGCAUCUCGCAGCCAGAGCUGGAAUUUUACGACCUGAGGAGAUGAUGAAUGAACCUUUGAAAGGCUAAGAAAUGAUAUACUUGUGCUCAACAGUCGAAUACAUACAUACGUAUAAUACCUUUAAUUAUAAUUGACAAUGUAAACAAUAAUUAUAGUAUAAUGAUUGUACACAUAAUUAAUUGAUGUGGUUUCUGUGAGUGCUCAGGGAAUAAAAGCUAUUUAUAUUC